AUGAUGGCGGCGGCGACCGGAGCCGCUCGCAGCGGCGGCGGUGCGGCUGCGGCGCCGCUGCCGCAGCUGCACCAGCGCAAGAUUGAGGCGACCGGCGAGUACUCGGUGCUCGCGGCGGUCACCGCGCUGCCGUGCUUUGUCGACGACCUGCUCGAAGACGCGGUCAUGGAGCGGCUCGGCCGGUGCCUCCCCGAGGCGUCCGUCUACCGCGCCUUCCGCGAGGUUGCGCGCCAGCGGUGCGGCCAUGCGUACGCGGCGCUCACGCAGCACGUGUCGAAACUGCCGCGGCUGCUGCCGCUCCACCUGAUGCGCUUCGACUACUCGAGGGAGCGGCUCCUCAAGCGCUCCGACGCCGCCGCCGUCUCGACCGCGCUCGACCUCUCGUUCGCGGCGCAUAGCGAGACGGCGCCGCCGCCGCUCGCCUCGCCCAAAGCCGAGGCCGCGGCGGUGGGCGGCACGGGCCGUGGCAAUGGCCGCCGCAAGCGCAGCCGCGAGCAGGAGGAGCAGGAGGAGCAGGAGCAGUUGGACGCCGCGAUCGCCGCGUCACUUGCCGACAGCAGGGUGGGCAAGCUGCAGCGGAUGGUGGCGCCCGCGGGCGGGCUGAGCCGCGAGCGCGUGAUCCGCGCGCUCGAAGACAACGGGCACAGCCUCCCCUCGGCGCUCGCCGCUCUGCGGGCGCAGUUUGCGGCGCAGGCCGCGGGCGUCGGCGCGUGCUCGCUCCUCGGCGUGCCUGCGGCGACGUACAGCCUGCGGGCCGUGGUGUGGCACCGUGGCGGCGACGCCUCGUUCGGCCACUACCUCGCCGACGUGCAGCGCGCGCGCGGCGCAGCGGAGUACUGGGAGCGCUACGACGACACUGCCGUCACGAGGCGCGCGGCCAUGAUCACGCCGGCCACGGCGGUCGGACCCCACGCGACCGCAGUGACCAACGGCUACCUCUUCUUCUACGUCUCGGACGGGCUGGGCCUGUGA